CUUCCAAGAGAGAUACAACUUCACAUCUUCUUGGACAGCGUCUCAACUGAACGGCAACACCUGGAUCCUUCUGCCUGCCGGUCCGCCAGCAGUCCUUGGUUGCGCAUGUUCCACGGCAAGAAGUCUCUCCCUCUCAUCUGCAGAGCGACGCGGUGGGCCGGAACAGCAGCCCUGUACGAAGACAUUGUUCUUCGCAGGAUGAGCCAAUUUGCCCCUCUUUCACGCACCUUGAAGUCCGAAGACGUCGGCAGGGUUUUAGGUCGGAUGGUGAGGAGCAUCCGCAUGGACACGUGUAUGGUGCUAGACGAGUACGCGGGACCCGCUCGACGCGACCUCGCCACAAUAUUCAAGCGCUGUCCAAACGUCAAGUCGGUUCAGUACAUUCCCCAUCCGAACUUUCUUCAUCUCGACUUUCCCGAGGAGGGCUGGCUGUGGGAGAUCAUAUACAAUCCGACGUGGCUGUUCCGGCCCUCUUCUCCCGACCACCCAGCGUUGUUGUGCCUAACGGCGUCCCACCUUCUCCACCUCGACAUAUGCGCUGCUCUUCAGGACGCCGAUACGAUACGAGACAUCCAGGUCCUACUUCAAAGCACUCAACGACUCCAAUCUUUGGCGCUGAAGCGUUCAAACGAAGGCGCCUCGACCCCCGAACUUACCCAUUGGCUACGACAUGUCACCACCCAACCGGAUUUAUCCCCUGUGCACCUUCCCUCCUUAGUAUCGUUCACCUUCGAUUCUGGAGCGCAUCCGGAGCUUCAACGCGACGUAGUCAUCCGAUGGAGCCUCCCUGCGUUGCAGCGUCUCACCGUUGUGCUCCAUCCUCAUCGCCCAUACGAUCCAAUGGGCCUUCUCGAGCGCCACGGUCGCCUUCUGCGCUACCUCCACCUCUUCCCCAAGUUCUCUGUAACCGAAUCUCUCACUCAAAUGCAAGAAGCCCGUCUCGCAGAGUCGCUCGACACCCUAUUCCCCGUUCUCGAACACCUCGUUCUCCCCCGCUUCCCGUCCUAUCCCGGACCAUACCUCUUCCGCUCUCCCUCGCUCAAGUGGCUCGAUCUAUGGAUCAUGGCGGACCACCAGCGGAACAACAAUAUCGAAACCGACGCCCUCUGGACCCCAAACGCAGACGCGAUCCGCGCGAGCUUCGUCGACAGAAAGCUCAGCGCGACACCUAGCCUCCGCAACGUCCGUCUUCUGGACCCGAUCUCGUACAAACAGGCUUACACCAGCGAGGUGCGGUCGACGGACGCGGCCCAGUGGCCGGAGAUCUGCGCGCCAGACGCCUUCGACCCUGGUGGGCCCGGUGCCGGGUCCGCAGCGUCAGGAACGGAGGGGCCCGGGGAAGAACGUGUCCGUUGCGUUAUCCAUCGUCUCUCGACGCGGUGGCUCUUGCAGUCGGAGCACAUGGUGAUUCCGGACGACUCGCGGGAGGUGGGGCAUGUGGGCGUCGACCUGUUCGGUCUGGAGGAUAUGCUCGAGGAGAUCUCGGAAACAGGAUUCGUUCUGAAGGGAACGGAGAGCGAGGAAUAUGAGCGGUGGAAGCUCGGAGUUUAUUAUAUGGUAGGAGUUAGCGAUGAGGAAGAAGACGAGCGACACGGCGACGAGGAACAAAACGAGCGACACGGCGAUGAGGAAUUGGACGGGAGAGGCACCGCGUAG